AUGAAUCUUGAUUGGCAUGAAUUUGGUAUUGUGAAAGAUCAUUUGGUUCGAUAUGGGAUUAUGGUAUCCUAUAAGAUUUGGUUGCACCAUGGAGAAUUGCCUGAUAAUUAUCAUGGUGAUUCCGGUGAUGACAGGGAUGAGAGCGAUGACGAUAACAGAGAUGAGUAUCCAGAAUUAAUGGAAGACCAUUGCAGAGGAACUUAUAUGGAUGAUGAUGAUGUAGAGAUGGAUCAUGAUGUUCGAAACUUUGAAAAAUUACUGGAAGCUUCCCAGCGUGAAAUGUAUCCUGGUUGCAAAAACUUCACUUUGUUGGCAUUUGUUGUCAAGAUGCUUCAUGUGAAAGUUGAGAAUAGAUGGAGUAAUAAGUCAUUCGACAUGAUUUUACAGAUAUUUAGGGACUUAUUGCCAGAGGGUCAUUUGGUUCCGGGGGAGUCUAGGUACAAGUUCAUUGGUGGAAAUGGUAUGAAGAUCCCUCGUAAGGUGUUGUGUUACUUUCCGUUAACUCCGAGGUUGCGGAGGCUGUACAUGUCUAGGAAAACGGCCACAGAGAUGAGAUGGUAUAGGGAUAAACGUGUAGAUGACGGGAUUAUGAGACAUCCGGCUGACACUGAGGAGUGGAAGGAAUUUGAUCUUAUUCAUCCUGAUUUUGCAAAAGAGAUCCGCAAUGUAAGGCUGGGACUGGCUAGUGAUGGGUUCAACCCUUUUGGGAACAUGAGCAAUGCCUAUAGUAUGUGGCCAGUCAUACUUAUGCCUUACAACUUGCCACCCUGGUUGUGUAUGAAAGAAUCUUUUUUCAUGAUGUCCUUACUUAUUCCUGGACCACAUGCACCAGGGAACGACAUCGAUGUUUUCUUGAGGCCUUUGGUCGACGAGUUGAAGGAGUUGUGGGACAAUGGGGUAGUAACUUAUGAUGCCUCCAAAAAAGAGAUCUUCCGGAUGCAUGCGGCUAUAUUGUGGACCAUUAAUGACUUUCCUGCAUAUGGUAACUUGUCUGGGUGGAGCACAAAAGGCUAUUUGGCUUGUCCACCUUGCAAUGAUGAUCCAUUAUCGCAUCGAUUGAGGAGUAAGAUUGGAUACUUCGGUCAUCGAGUUUACUUGCCUAGGAAUCACACUAUGAGACGGAGUAAGGACUUUAACGGUAGGACUGAACAUCACAUGAAAUCUUUGGAGUUACCCGUGGAAAAGGUACUUGAGCAGCUGGAUCAAUUACCAAAUGUUAAUUUUGGAAAGCAUCCUUUAAAGAGGAAAAGACCCUAUGAAUCCAUUGCCCUAAAUUGGAGAAAGAAAAGUAUCUUUUUCGAGCUACCGUAUUGGAAAGAACUGAAGGUGCGGCACAAUUUGGAUCCCAUGCACAUUGAAAAGAAUAUAUGUGAGGCAAUCAUUGGGACAAUGUUGGGUAUAGACGGGAAGAAUAAGGACACUAGUAAAGCUCGUCUCGAUUUGGAAGAUAUGGAUAUAAGGUCAAAAUUACAUUUAGAGAAACAACCAGAUGGAUCCAUUCGCAAGCCUAUUGCAUCCUACACACUAUCCCCAGAAGAGAGAGAGGGUUUUUGUGCAUUCUUGGCAUCGAUUAAGUAUCCUGAUGGGUAUGCAGCAAAUCUAUCGAGGACCUUUGUUCUAAAACAUUGA